AUGGAUAUGGAAGCACAGAGGUACGUAUGGGACGGAGCAAUUCCUUUGCAGAUUCAUCUCCAUGAAUCCGACGUUGCCACUCUCCCUGCUCCCCCACCAGCCCUGAUCUUAGCACCUCGAAUUGGGUACCUACCAUUGUUGGCAUCGCAUCUAAAACCUCACUUCAGUAGUGCACUUCCUCCUCGGCUAGAUACUAUUUGGUUUGAGUACAAAGGCUUGCCCUUGAAAUGGUAUAUACCAACAGGAGUUCUAUUUGAUCUUCUAUGUGCAGAACCAGAAAGACCUUGGAAUCUGACGGUGCAUUUUACAGGAUAUCCGGGGAACAUAUUGAUUCCUUGUGAAGGUGAAGAUAGCGUAAAGUGGAGCUUUAUUAAUUCAUUGAAAGAGGCUGCAUAUAUAAUUAAUGGGAAUUGCAAGAAUGUGAUGAACAUGUCUCAACCUGAUCAGGUGGAGCUCUGGCGCUCUGUCUUAAAUGGUAAUUUGGAACCCUACCGACGGGUGUCUACUAAACUUAAGCUUGGGACAGUUGGCGAUGAAUAUGGAGCAAAGUUGAAUUUAAGUGGUGACACUGAUUUUUCUGGACAAGUGAAGGCAGGCCGAGUUCCAGUUCGCUUAUACGUUUGGAGUGUCAGUGAGGACUUUGAAGAUUUAGAAGAUGCACCUCAGAUUGAUAGUUGGGAUAAAGUCUCUUACAUAAACCGGCCUGUUGAGAUACAAGGAGGAGAAGGAGGUAGAUGCUUCACUUUACAUGAUGCAGUGAAGAGCCUUCUGCCAGAGUAUUUUCUUGACAAAUCCUUGACCAAUGAAGAAUCAUUGACUGUAGGUGAUGAGCAUGAACAAAGAGUUUCCUCUGAAGAUGCAAGCAGCGAUAGAAAGGCCGAAGAGGAAGUAGAAAACUCAAGCGAACGUAUCACGUCUUGCUAUCAACAUGAUGAUGCUGAAAUCAAGCUAGUUCGUAUCCAAGGUAUUCAUCCGAAAUUGGAGAUACCAUUUUCUUGGGUGGCAAACAACUUAAUGAACCCUGAGCACUUUCUUCAUAUCUGUGUGUAUUUGAAAGUUCCACAAGCCAAUACCAUGUCAUAG